AAGAUUUUUAACUGAUCCCGUCGCAUGUCAGAAAAAUAUCACCCAUAUCCUUUCCAUGCAUGGCAAUUAGCUUCCCCUUCUGCUCUCACUUCGACAUGUCAGCACAUGAAGAACAAGAUGAUUCAACGCUUGAGCUCAUCCGCCAACACCUCUUAGGAGACUUCACCUUCACAGAUUCCUUCAUUUCUCAUCUCAAUUUCCAAUUUCAACCAGUCAAGCCGGAGUACUCGUCCCUCUCUGAAUCAGGGCCCAGCUCCCCCAUUUCAAACCCUAAUCACCAUAGCCCCCAAUUCUCAAAUUCCGAAACGAAACCCAAAAUCGUUAACUUACCAUCCAUGGAAGUAGAGCCCCUGAAUUUGAGCUCACCAAAGAGAAAAAAUAGUACUUCUCAAAAUCCCGGUCCAAAAGAUGAAUUACAACAGGUUUCAGGCCCUGGUGAUGCGUUAAGGCAUUACAGGGGAGUCCGGCGGAGGCCGUGGGGAAAAUACGCGGCGGAGAUACGUGAUCCGGCCCGGAAAGGUACUCGGGUUUGGCUAGGGACAUUUGACACUGAUGUUGAUGCUGCCAAGGCCUAUGAUUGUGCUGCAUUUAAGCUGAGGGGUAGGAAAGCAAUACUGAAUUUUCCGUUGGAGGCCGGAGUGUCGGAACCGCCGGUGAACACGGCGCGGAAGAGGAGGAGAUCGGUAAAGCAGGAGGAGGUAGCUGAGACUGAAGAACUGGAGCUUCAAAGUUGGGUGCUUUGGGAAGGAGAAGGCACUUGAAGGAGCUGUGUUAAUCUCAGGAUCCUCCUCUGCCGAUAUGUUAGAAUAUGAUUGGAGGACGGAUUUACUGAUUUACUAUAUGCAUGGUCUGUAA